AUUCAUUUUCAUUUAUUUUCAGUUAAAGAAGGGUUGUUGUUAAAGUUACAAUCUUGCUUUGUUGUGGCUUUCUAUAACUAGGUUCUUACAUUGUGGGCGUCAAACUUAUUAUAAUGGGAAAAUCUCCUGGAAAGUGGUUGAGGUCAUUGCUACCGGGGAAAAAGUCUUCCAAAUCUGGCACAUCAAAGAAAUCUUCAAAUGAGAAAGCAUCUGUAAUUUCCACCAACGCAGCGUUAUCCGGUUCAUCUGUCCAUCUGCCAUUGAUAUCUGAACCAGUUGCUGGUAGUGCUGGUGGAAUAAAAGAAGACCCAAGCUUUGAAAAAGGAGGGGUCACGAAUGAGUUGAUUCGCCCUUCUAUGAAGCGAGAUGAAGGCGAACCAAAUACAUGUCUUGCCUUACCCGAGGAUACUGAGAAAAUGAGGCUUGAGCAAGCUGCUACAAAGACACAAGCUAUUUUUAGGGGUUAUCUGGCUCGCCGAGCAUUUCUUAGGCUCAAGGCCGUCAUAAGGCUACAAGCUGCAGUACGUGGCCAUUUGGUCAGAAGGCAAGCUGUUGCUACAUUAUACUGUAUACAUGGGAUUGUCAAGCUUCAAGCACAUGUCCGUGGCCAGAUUGUUAGACGUUCCAGUAUUGGCUGUGAAAUGAUAACGAAACAAGAACUUGGACAACAGGGAACUAAUGCAUCCAAACUAGCAAGGGAGCUAUCCAAGAAUGAAUUCACUGCAAAGCUACUUGCUUCAUCACCGACUGUAAUGCCUCUACGCCUCCAUUAUGUUCCCGAGGAACCAAAUUCUUGUCAGAAAUGGCUAGUCCGUUGGACUGUAUCACAGAUUUGGCAAUCACGCUCUAAACCGAAAACACUUUCGGAAAAAAAGCAUCAAAACACUGAAGCAGACAUUGCUUUGUCAAAGCACAAUGGAAGAAAAGUGCAUUCUAGAAAAAUGCAGAACGGUUCGAAUCAUUCCACGUCGGGGUCAGAAAAGAAGAAAUCAAGUCAUUCGGUAAACUCCGUUAUUCAGAAUCCAGGAAGUGAGAUUAAGAAGGUAAAACAUAACUUAAAGAAAAUUUCCAGCCCUCUAUUGGAAAAACCUGUUCAGUCUGAGGUUGAUACUGAGAGAAAAAAGCAAAGUCAUGAGAAAUCUUCAAAUAUUCUGGUUCCUCAGAAGAGCAUAUCUGAUGAACCAUUGAAAAGUUUAGAAGGGACAGUUGAAAAUUCUACUAAUGUGGAGACACCUCAAGAUACCCAAGUGGUGGAUGAUACUGUCACUCAUUUCGAUAUCCUUUCUGUAUCUGUUACUCAUCACAAUUCAAGUAUUGAUGCCACAAAUAACUUUUCUCAGUCUGAUGUACAUCAGAAAUCGAUCACUGAUAACAGAGAGGAUACUCCUGUUGGAAAUGAGGAUUCUUGUACUAACCAUGAUAAUGAAGGAAAUGAGAGCAACAAGGUUAACAGAAGAGUUUCUUUACCUGCAAAGCAUGAUGUUGAUGCAAGCACGCCAACAACAAGAAAGGUGCCUAGCUACAUGGCUCCAACCAAGUCUGCUAAGGCUAAGCUGAAAGAGCAAGCCUCACCAAGGUUUGGCCAAGAUGUGGCUGAGAAGAAUGCCCAAACCAGACGUCAUUCUUUGCCGUCCCCUAUGAAUGGCAAGCUGAGUUCAUCACCAUCACCACGGGUGCAGAGGCUGGUCCAAGCUAGUGCAAAAGAAGGAAUCAAGAUUGAUAGAUCUUUAUCAUCUUCAAGGGAUGGUACUGAUAAGAUGACUCGAGCAGAAUGGAAGCGGUAACUCUGCAAGAUCAGAUGUAGCAGGAAAGUAGUACCCGGAGAAUUAAAAAAGGGGAUCGAUCACUGACAGAACAAAACUUCAUUUUGUCCAUAUUCGUACUUUUAAUGUUAGAAGAGGAAUCAAGUUAUAAGAUAUAGGUGGUGUGCCUUUUGUUGUCCUUUCAGUUUUGCUUGGGAAAUAUUGCAGAGUUUGUACUCGCUAACUUUACAUAGGUUUGACUUGUUAAGGCUUUAGGCAGGUUGGCUUUGAUAUAGAAUGUGUGUUUUGAGGCAAAAUCUAUCUGUAUGUUCAGUUAAUGUUUGCUUUGAAAUGUUU